GUACACAUGCUAAACGAAAACAAGAAGGUACACGAAGCUAUGAGCUGUAGGGCUGUGCUUGCUUGUGUCUGGACUGCAUCGCUGAGUUGAUGACAAAUUUAUCAAGAAAUAUAUCCGACUGUGUGGUGAAUCAUUAACAGCAGAAAGAGCUGCUGGUUAUUAAACCACACCCAGGAGUUUGGUCAGGCCAAAGCCUCGUGUUUGACUAGGGUUCGAGUAUGGCUCUGUCAUUCCUUUUAGUCUUUGCUGCCACCGUGAUUCUCAUCAGACCUGAGACACCUGUAACAAAGGCCCUGCCUCAGAACUCACUUGAGUGCUGCAGCGAGAAACAGAAAGUCAAUAGUUCAUGCUCAAAUGAUACUCACUGUGAACCAGGAUGCUUCUUCCGUGUCCUGGAAAACAGCAACACUGCCUGCAUCUUCUGUGACUCGGCAGCUUUGGAUUUGGAGAAUGUGACGGUCUGCACCUACAACUACACCGUGGAGCGGAAAAAUCAUACAACAGUAACUACCGUUUCUCCUAAAAUUGGAGGCCCAGGUGUGGCAGCCUCUCUUCUUCUGGGAACUCUGUUGAUCAGUCUGUUCCUGAUUCUUUCUGUUGCCUCCUUUUUCUACCUCAAACGCUCCAACCGGCUCCCGAGCAUCUUCUACCGUCGCAACAAAGCCUUCAUAUUUCAACCAAGUGAGACAGCUGUGAUGAUCCCCUCAUCAACAGGGAGGAAGCCCAGAUAUGUGAGGCGGGAGCGGCCUUCUGCAAAAUCUACAUUGAACAGCACCACCAUCCCCACAUCAGCCACGACUCAAGUGUAUAAUGUGUAAGAGGAGGGAGGGCAUUCUGGUGCAGGAAGGAGAGAAAGCUCAGGAAGGAAGUUCAAAUGCUACAGAUGUGAAGUUUCAGAGGAGUAAAGGAAGACCAGCUGACUCUGAAAGCAGCAGCCAAAUUUAGCUUUAGCUGCUUUCUGCUGCAUUUGGGUGAAUAGGGCUGUCACUUUCCCCCAUUUUUUAUCAGAGUAUGCCAUUUAAAAAUAUUUUAAUCCUUAAUUAAUUUUUUUUACUCUUCAUAGUGCUCAAACUUUAUUGGAAUAUUUUUUGUGUGUGUGUGUUUUAAAUAGGGUUUCUCUCUCUCUCUCUCUCUCUCUCUCUCUCUCUCUCUCUCUCUCUCUCUCUCUCUCAAAAAUCACUCAUAAUACUCCUUUUCCACAUAUCAGCUCUGGUUCAGGAACCGGUUCCAUUAAGUAUCAUGGUAAAAAAAGGAUGUGCCUUGAAUCUGCAUGAGACAUCCACCCAUUUUCUGUUUCCAAAAUAUUUAGUGGGUUUGAAGCUAGUUUAGGUGUAGUUGAAAUGCUUCGAAUAGCUCAAAAUGAACCCUUACCCCAUACUGGUUGAGUAUGGGUGAGUGCGCAUGCUUUUUAAUCUGUUUCUGAGUGCCAGUUGAGUCACAAAAUCUAAAAUGAAUGUAUUGAAGUCAUAGUUUGACAGAUGAGGUCAGUACCACUUUUAGCUUUGUAGAAAAGUGUGAAACUGUGUUUGCAAGGAAGCCAGUUAGGUUGUCUUGGGUAAAGACAGAAUAUCAUGGAACUGCCAGCAUCAGUCUGUGCAGUGGUUAAAGAGGAAAAAAGAGCUUCCAAAUGCAUUUUAUUCCCUUUAGACAGUUGCUGGCUGUUCAGGCCUAUGUUUUUAACAGAUGUGUUUAAGUUGUAUACCCUCUGAAGAAAAAUCAAGCAUUUGGGAGCUCUGAUUAUUAUGGGAGAAAGUGACAGCCCAGUAAUAUUAGAUGGACAUUUGUUUGCCAAUUAUGAGGUUUUCAUGUGUGCUAUUUAUUUGGGUUUAGUAACUGUGCACUGAGUAUUACUGCUUAUAAUGAGGCCAAUAGUGAGUGAUGUCCUCUGUGAGGCAGGAAUGUAUUGAGGAGAGUUACUGCAGGCACUGUAGUGAUAAAUGAUUUUUUUAUGACAUUUUGUCUUUCUAUUGCUACCAUAUUUAUUUUUUCUGACCAACCGAGGUGAAUGUAUGUCACGCGUCCAGCAAACAACAAAUGAGUCUCAACUGUAUUUAUGGUUUACAUUCCACAGGCAGAGGAAGAAAUUCUGUCAUCCCACUAAAUGAUUUGAAAAUUUGUUCAACAUUUUUUUUCUAAACACUUUAAACUAGCUCAUCCAUUUGCACUUUAUUUAAAUGAGGUCUCUAAUUAAGGAUGGAUUUUGACUUUUAGAUGAAAGAUUUUUGUUUUUGUCCACAAGACCGUGAUGUUGAAUUAUAAAUACUACUUGAUUAAUAUUACCUUUUGCCAAAUGUCUGAAGAGAAUGGCUCAUACCGUAAUAUGCCAUUACUGUGAUAACUGUGCCAUUAUGAGCUUUAAAUGCAGACCGGAAGCUUUCAUUCACAACUUUAUUUGUGUCGGGUAGUUGCUAUUAAAAUUAUAUCCAGUGGCCUUUACUGUAUCUACAAUUCUAACCAAGUUGUAUUUGUAAAGUAGUAUUCUCUUUUUUUUUUUUUUUUUUUUGUUUUGUUUGGUUUUGUUUUGUGUGUGUGUGUGUGUGUUUGUUUUUAAUAUUGACAGCACUACUACUAGAAAAUAAAUCAUUUCCAAUUUUAGUAAAUAUGGAGCAAUCCAAAAUGAGCCGGAAAACAGCAGCAAUCAUUCCUUGUUAAUUCCUCCUUUUUGCUUCAUGUGUUUUGUUGUACAGAUAGGCUAAAGCUGAAUAUAUGUACAUAGAUGUUUUAUACAAAUGAUGUAUUGUUUUUGUAAUGAUGUACAUAUUCUCGAGUGCCAUGAAGAAAGUUCAAAAGAUGUAUGUAUUAUUAGCAGAAAUAAAGCACCUUUCCACUACCA